AUGAGAAAUUUCAUCUCCAAUGACUAUGUCUUCACUGACCGCGGCGGCGUCAUCGAAAACCGCCACAGCGGCCACGCCACCGACUUAGCCCUGAUGUGCGCCUCGCACAGCAGCGAGGAUCGACACAUCCGCCGCGCCCGCACCAUCCUCGCCCGCGCCGGCAGCGAAAAAUCAGAUCUCCGCUGCGGAGGCCGUGAGGUGCGCAUGGAUCAGAGCGGGGUUUACCCCGGGAGGCGAUGCGGGGAUGAUAGCAGCAGCGAGAGCGCUGGGGAGGCCGAGGGGUGCUAUCUACCGGAACACCCUGUGCAGUUGCGGGUGCGGCGGGUGGUGGAGGAAGUAGCGGGGCUGACGGACGGCGAGGGGGUCUGGAGUGUUGAUGGGAGUAAUCUGCCCGCGCUGGGGUUUGCGCUGCAUCGGCUUGCGGGGAUGUAUGCGCGGUUUGCGGAUGCGGGGAUGCGUGAAGGGGAAAGGGAAAGGGCUAUGCUUGGGGCGGACGGGUGCUAUGGGAUUGGAGUGAGGGCGUCGAGGAGGACGGAGGAGCUGGGUGCGGAGGAGGGUCAGGGAAUUGCGGUGAAGAUUGAGGAUGGCAAUAUUGGGGCUUUGUAUGCGGCUGUGGCUGAGAUCUUGGAGCAGCUGGGGAUUGGGAGUGCGGAGGAGGCAGCUGGCCGGGUUUCAUUGUCCGGAGAUUCGCAAUACGGUGGGUGUGGUGGCGGGGAGAAGCAUCAUUUCAAGAUCCGGCCUGUGGACUGA